UGUCCAGCGAUCAGCCACUGCCUCUCGACGGCACCAGGAUGGAAGUCAAAGGUCAGCUGAUCAGCUCUCCCACCUUCAGUGCCUCAGCUGCCCUGUUCGGAGAGGCUGCCCCCCAGGUGAAGUCAGAGCGUUUGCGGGGACUGCUUGACCGGCAGCGAGCCCUGCAGGAGGCCCUGAGCCUGAAACUUCAGGAGCUCCGCAAAGAGCUGACCGGCCAGCUGCCCCCCGAGUGCCCGCUGGAGCCUGGGGAACGGCCUCAGCUGGUCCGCCGGCGGCCCCCUGCCGCCCGAGCCUACCCUGCGUCGCACCCCAACCCGGCACACCGCUCCUUGUGCCCUGCUGAGGAGCUGGCUCUCGAGGCCCUGGAGCGCGAGGUGUCCGUGCAGCAGCAGAUCGCGGCCGCCGCCCGCCGCCUGGCCUUGGCCCCCGAGCUGAGCGUCGAGCAGCGCCGCCGCCGGCGCCAGGUGCAGGCAGAUGCGCUGCGGAGGCUGCACGAGCUGGAAGAACAGCUGGGGGACCUCCGGGCCCGCCUCGGCCUCCCGGGGCUCCCCCCGCCACAGCCCCUGGCCCUGGCCGCGGGGGCGGUCAUCACCGCCCAGGGAAUGUGCCUGGGCACGCGCCUCGCUCAGCUCAGCCAAGAGGACGUAGUUCUGCACUCGGAGAGCAGCUCCCUCUCAGAGUCUGGGGCCAGCCAUGAUAAUGAGGAGCCCCGUGGCUGCUUCCCUCUGGCCGAGCGCCCCUCACCACCCAAGGCCUGGGACCAGCUGCGGGCCGUAUCUGGGGGCAGCCCUGAGCGGCGAAUCCCAUGGAAACCACCCCCGUCAGAUCUUUACGGGGAUCUGAAGAGCCGGCGGAACUCUGUGGCCAGCCCCACCAGCCCGACGCGCUCGCUGCCCAGGAGUGCCUCCAGUUUUGAGGGGCGAAGCGUGCCCGCCACCCCUGUCCUCACCCGGGGCGCUGGCCCCCAGCUCUGCAAACCCGAAGGCCUGCAUUCUCGCCAGUGGUCCGGCAGCCAGGACUCCCAGAUGGGCUUCCCCCGGGCAGAGCCUGCCUCCGACCGCGCCUCCCUCUUUGCAGCCCGCACCCGUCGCAGCAACAGCUCCGAGGCCCUGCUUGUGGACCGGGCGGCCGGUGGGGGAGCUGGCUCCCCGCCUGCGCCUCUGGCUCCCCCUGCCGCUGGCCCCCCGGUCUGCAAGAGCAGCGAGGUGCUGUACGAGCGCCCCCAACCGACCCCUGCCUUCUCCUCCCGCACAGCUGGCCCCCCAGACCCUCCCCGGGCUGCCCGGCCUAGCUCAGCUGCCCCUGCCUCCCGUGGGGCCCCUCGGCUCCCGCCCGUGUGCGGGGACUUCCUCUUGGACUAUUCCCUGGACCGGGGCCUGCCCCGUAGCGGCGGCGGCGGCGGCGGCGGGCCAGGCUGGGGGGAGCUGCUGCCUGCAGCUGAGGUCCCAGGACCUCUCUCCCGCCGGGAUGGGCUCCUCACCGUGCUCCCAGGCCCACCACCCGUGUAUGCAGCUGAUGGCAGCAGCCCCCUCCUCCGCAGCAAGGACCCCCACGCCCGUGCUGCCCGCACCAAGCCCUGCGGCCUGCCCCUGGAGGCCGCCGAGGGGCCGGACGUGCAUCCGAACCCUCUGCUGUGGAUGCCCCCGCCCACCCGUAUCCCCCCAGCUGGGGAGCGCAUCGGCCACAAGAACCUUGCCCUGGAGGGGCUGCGGGACUGGUACAUCCGCAACUCGGGACUGGCCGCCGGGCCGCAGCGGCGGCCUGUGGUCCCCCACGUGGGCCCGCAGCACCCGCCCUUCCUCCACGCCCGCUGCUAUGAGGUGGGCCAGGCGCUGUACGGGGCCCCCAGCCAGGCGCCGCUCCCGCACUCGAGGAGUUUCACGGCACCCCCUGUCUCCGGCAGGUAUGGGGGGGGCUUUUACUGAUGGGUAGGGGUCUCUUGAGGCAGAUGGCAAGCCAGUCACGGUAGCUAAAGACUCAGACCGGGAGAGAACUGGCUGCCGCCUCGGCCCGGGGUCCUGGGCCCUGCCUGACCUGCAUGAGUCUAUGGGGUCUCGGUGGAGGGGUGUCUUGGGCCCCUGGCAGUGGCGGCAGUUGUCUACCAAGCUGUAGAAGAAUUCCAGUAUUUGAACAAAACAGUGCAUGUCAGCUGAAAAUGAGCCUUGAAAGCAGGGUGCUGGGAGGAAGGGCCUCCCGGGCCCCUCGCCUCUCUCUUCUGCCUUUGGCCGUGCCCCCACGCUUGCGAGCCUAAAGGUGCUGUCCUGUGCCUGCCUCCGCCUCUUUAACGAGCCUCUUUUCCUCUCUUUCUGUGUCUUGUCCGUCUUUUCCUCUCUUCUCUGUCUUGCCACCCUGUCCGGAUUCCUGCUCCCCCUUCUAAAGAUACUACGCGGACUUCCUGUACCCCCCGGAGCUGAGCGCUCGUUUAAGUGACCUGACGCUAGAGGGGGAGCAGUCCUCCAGUUCUGACCCCCAGACCCCGGGGACGCUGGUCUGACCCCUUCUGAUAUGCCCCUUGUUGGCCUGGGCACGACUUUAAUCUGGGGGAGCGCACAGCUGACCUCGCUGAACCCUGGGGUGUGGUUGCUGUCAGUCCUGGGGGGGUGCCGACCUGAUCUUCCAAGGCCCCUGGCUCCUCGUGGACCCACAAAGGUGUCUGAUACCCUGCUUCCCCUCUCACACUGUGCUGGGAACUGGGACCCUCAGCCAGCUUAAAAGAGGGGCAAUGGUGUAACGGGGACUCCAGGCCCCUUCCUCCAUUUCUGUUUACACUUGUGAUUUAGGUCUUCACUGUCUUCCCCCAACACUAGACGUUUUAUAAAAGGGAAACUGUGAUCUCGUCCUGGUUGGGUUCGUUCCUGUCCCCACGUCCAGCCCGUUCCAUUCAGGAAACCCCACCCCCCAAAAUAAACGGACCAUAUAGGGUCUCAGGGCCCUUUUCGGGGCAGCCAGGAGACACUGGUGUGAACAGAACUCCCUGCCACCCCCCACCAGGCCAGUUCUUGGGGAGGUGGGCUCUCUGCCCACAUUUGGAAGGACUGAAGGCUGGGUAGGGGGCUUGGGCUCAUUUUCCUACCCCCAGGGGCACCCGAGGGAGCCCCAGUCCUUGUCUGCCUGUCUGUGCCCGCUGCCUCUGCCCGCAGGAUGAGAUGGCCCAGCCUCCGCCCUGCCUAGCCCAGUCAGGCAGUCGGCCCUGCGGGAGGGCCCAAGGGCAGAGCCACCGGGUGUGUUGCGUCCUGGGAUGCUGCGGUGGUGGAGCCUGGCAUCUGGUCGAUGCCAGUAAAAUCCUCAGGUGACGGUUGGCCAAAAGCUGCGUCACGUCUUCCUUGGCUUUCUUUCCACCCACCACUUUUUAAAACAAAUCUACACAAGCUGUGUUUUCUAUGAUACCUAUCUGUGACUUUCUGGAGCUGGGGGUCCCCCUACCUCCUUUACCUGGUGUUAAACUUUUCUUUUUCUACCAGUGGAUCUGGGCCCAAGACACUACCCACACUGGAAGGGGAUUUCUAUAAUAAAUGUGUAAACCGAACCCA